CUCUGAGAUGUAAUCUGAUAUCUGAUAAGUAUCAACCAAUACAUUAAAAGUAUCAUUUCGUUCAAACGAGGUGCCGUUCUACAGCAUUCCUAUGUAAAACAAAACAAUACCCUCCGUUUUAGUGAAAAAAGAAAACCCACGCGUCGCAUUGACUUUUCCCUCCCGUUUCUUGCCUUUGCCGAGGUGAGCUCCACACACACACACACACACACACACUCUCUCUCUCUCUCUCUCUCUGCCCCACUCUGCCUGCCUCAUGUUGAACCAUUCCCCUUCCCAUUCCCGACCCGGCUCGCUGUCCCCCCUCCUCCGCGUCCUCCUCCCCUCCCGCGCCGCCGCCGAGCGCCCGCCGCCGCUGAACUCCAUCAGCUACCCCGAGCCCGCGGGGGCCUGCCGGGUGGCGAUGGAAUUCCCGUCGUCGACGUCGCCGUCGCCGUCGCCGUCGUCCGGGCAGCAUCAGCAGCAGCCGACGACGCCGCGGCGGCAGCUUCAGGGCCCGCGCCCCCCGCGGCUCAACGUGCGGAUGGAGUCGCACGCCAUCAAGAAGCCGUCGUCCGGGGCGGCCGCGGCGGCGGCGCAGGCGCAGGCGCACCAGCUGCCGGCCCAGGCGCAGGCGAGGCGGGAGCAGCAGCAGCCGCCGCCGCGGGCGCCGGUGAUCAUCUACGACGCGUCGCCGAAGAUUAUCCACGCCAAGCCCAACGAGUUCAUGGCGCUCGUGCAGCGGCUCACCGGCCCGGGGUCGGGGCCGCCGGCGCCGCCGCAUCAGGGGGAGGCCCAGGCGCAGGACUACCCGAUGAUGGACGAGGCCGCCGCGCAGCAGUUCUUCCCGCCGGAGCUGCUGCUCUCGCCGUCGGCCGCGAUGUCCCCGGCGGCGAGGCUGGCGACCAUCGAGAGGUCCGUCCGCCCGAUGCCCGAGCCGGCGCCGGAGUACGUGGACAUCACGAACGGCGGCGGCGGCGGCGGGGUCGACGACGGCGGCCUCGCGGCGAUCCUCGGCUCGAUCCGGCCAGGCAUCCUCUCCCCGCUCCCCUCCUCCCUCCCGCCCGCCGCCGUCCCCGGCCAGUUCUCGCCGCUCCCGUUCGACGCGAGCUGCAUCAGCUGGCUCAACGAGCUGAGCCCCAUCCUCCGGGCCGCCUCCGCCGGCGCCGCCUCGUCCGGCAGCGGCGGCGGCGGCAGCGGUGGCAACACCAGCAACGGCGGCGCCGCCCGCCCGCCGCCGUCCUACUACGCCGACCCAUUCGUCCCCAGCCCACGUCACCUCCUCGCCACGCCCACCGUGCCGUCGCCGGCGACCUGCGCCGAGCUCUUCAGCAACCUGCCGGAUCUCUAGCCCGCCGCCGGCCGCCGCAUCCGUCCAAGGCAGCUUCAGUGGCAGAAGCUUAGCUCCAUUUCCUCUUUUCUUUUUUUUCCCCUCCAUUUUUUUUCUCUCUCUGGUAGGCUCAAGGUGGUGGGCCCGAUCACUGAUGACAAAUUGAUUAGUGCUCCGUUUCAUCCAUGCGCUUUGUUAAUUAUUCUUGGGCAAACCACUUAGCAAUGAGAAGGAGCAAAGAGGAAAAGAAUUGAGAAGAAGAAGAAAACCCCAAAAGAAACAAUAGGCAGUGGCAAAAGUAGUAGCAGUAGCAGAUGAGAGUGUAAGACUAUAGAACAAACCGGCUGGCCCAGCCAUGUCUCUUUUACUCCUAGUUUUCUUUUGAUUCCGUUACAUCUCUUGUGUAAGGUUAGGGAAAGAUUGCUUGCUUAAUGCAUCAUUUGUUUAUUCUUUA